AUCCGUGGGGUGCUGUAUACAUGGGGUGCUGGGGGGCACCCCUGGGGGCCUGGGGGAUGUAUCCAUGUGGUGCUGGAGGCUGUGUCUAUGGGGUCCUGGGGGCUGUAUCCAUGGGGUCCUGGGGGCUGUGUCUAUGGGUUGCUGGGGGCUUUGUCCAUGAGGUGCUGAGGGCUGUGUCCAUGGGAUGCUGGUGCCUGUAUCCAUGGAGUGCUGGAAGCUGGAUCCAUGGGGUGCUGGGUCCAUGGAGUGCUGAGGGGUGUAUCUAUGGGGUGCUGGGGGCUGCGUCCGUGGGGUGCUGAGUAGGGGGGUUCCAAGGGCUGCAGAAUCCCGGAGCUCCCGUCCAUUGUGACGCUGGUGACACGGUGCCAGCGCCACCCGCUGCCGCUGUCGCGCGGCUGCAGACCCCUGUGUCCCUGUGACGGGCGCCCGUGUCCCGCGUCCCGGGGGGUCCGGUGCCGUGUCCCGCGUCCCGUGUCCCGCGGGGUCCGGUGCCGUGUCCCGUGUCCGGGGGGUCCGGUGCCGUGUCCCGUGCCCCCUCUCCUGCAGGCUCGGGUGCGGGCUGAGGCGGGCGCUCGCUGCGAAGGGUCCCCAUGUCGGACGGCCCCUGGGUGGGCAGCUGGAGGCCCCACCGCCCGCGGGGGCCCAUCGCCGCCCUCUACACCGGCCCCGGGCCCAAGUACGGGCUCCCCACCAGCGUCGGUUUCCGCGAGCACGACCCGUCCCGUGACCGCGCUCCCGCGUUCAGCUUCGGGCUGCGGGUGGAGGGGCGGCUGCAGGAGCGCUCCCCGGGCCCCGUGUACCUGCUGCCGCCGGGCACCACCGCCCGGGGCCGCGCCGGGCCCCCCGCGUACUCCAUCUACAGCCGCCCGCGGAACCUGGUGCCCUUCAACACCCCCGGCCCAGGCCGGUACUCGCCGGAGCGCGCCGGGAGGGUGGCGUUCCCCACGGCCCCCGCCUGCUCCCUGCGCUCCCGCACCCAGCGCGGCGCCGUGCAGCAGACACCCGGCCCUGCUGCCUAUCACCUGCCCCCCAUGCUGGGCCCGCGCGUGGUGAGCAAGACCUCGGCCCCCAACUACUCCAUGCUGGGGCGCAGCACCGUCGGUGCCUUCUACCAGGACCUGUGCAAGACGCCGGGGCCGUGCCGUUACUGCGUGGUGGACACAGACGUGUACAAGCACCGGGCGCCGCGGUUCACGAUGCUGGCGCGGAACGUGCUGCCCGGGGACACCACCACCAAACCGGGCCCCGGCGCGCACAGCCCCCAGCAGAGCCGGCCCCAGGGGGUGACCUUCGGCAUCCGCCACUCCGAGUACCUGGCACCACUCAUCGUGGACGUGCCCGACUAGAGCCGGCGGCGCGGCCGGGCCCGGGGGCUCCGGCCGGGAACAGGACGUGUUCAGAGUCA